AUGGAACUUCGCUUUGGUAGAAAGUUCGAAGUCCUCAUACCCGAUCGAUUGGACUGGGUAAAUGGCACUCCUGGACUUGAACCAAAAGUGAUAUCGUGGCACACUGAUGGUUCAAAAACUAAUGAAGGAGUUGGUGCUGAAAUAUUUGGUCCCAACGCCAGAAUCUCGCUCGCGCUGGGUAUAUGGCCCACUGUCUUCCAAGCAGAGGUUCACGACAUCGAGGUCUGCGCUCGCAUCAACAUUAACAAGGGUUGGGCUGUUGCUACUGUGAUGACACGCGAAAACUUGAUACCAUGCCAACCCACUGAUGAGGAUCUGGAAUCGCCACCAAUACAGAUAGCAGCAUUAAUACCUUUUUGGGAUAUGGCAAAUCAUUGCCAUGGCACUAUUACCUCAUUUUACAAUGUAGAAACCAAUGUUAUGGAUAGUACCGCACAAUCAGAUUUUAAGGAAGGCGAGCAAGUUUUUAUACAUUACGGUGACCGUUUCAAUUCAGAUUUAAUGAUACAUAAUGGUUACGUUAAUCCAACACAUCCGAGUGAUGGUGUUUAUAUUAAAUUAGGCUUGAGUACAUCUGAUCCACUUAAGGUAGCCAGAGCAGAGCUAUUAGCAAAAAUGAAAUUAAGCAAAUUAAAUUCAUUAUCAGUACUCAAGGCGCCAAAGUACAUUUCACCUCAGCUAUUAGCAUUUGUUCGUAUCUUCAAUAUGAAUAAAGAACAAUUAGAUCAUUGGUCAUCAUGUGGUCGUGAAUUGGAUUUGCUACAUAAUGAUUGUGCUUUAGAGACAAGUUUAGAAGUAAAAACAUGGAAGUACUUGGAGGUUCGUUUAAUGUUAAUUACUAGAGGUUAUCCUACUAAACUUUCAGAAGAUGAACAAAAAUUGGAGUUACACAAAACGAAUAAGACACAAUUAAGCCAUAUUGAAGUUAUGAUACUAGAAUUUCUUAUAACAGAAAAACGCAUAUUAUUCGAGGCCUUGGAUUACGCCAGACAGCGUACUAAGACAUAA